AUGUCGCAAACUAUCGGAAAGACACGUCUAGCCUACUCUCGCACAUGGCACUAUGUCGACGUGGGUUCUGAUCCGCGCUCCCUUGGCCGCCUGGCUUCCUCCAUUGCCCUGUUCCUCAUGGGCAAGCACAAGCCCAUCUACGACCCUUCGACAGACUGCGGAGACUAUGUCGUCGCGGUAGGCUGCAGUGACCUGCGGACUACGGGAAAGAAGCGCUUCCAGAAGAAGUACUACACGCACACCACACGGCCCGGUAGCCUACGGAGCAUGACCAUGGACCAGAUGUUCGAGAAAUGGGGCGGCGGUGAGGUCCUCCGGAGAGCUGUUCGGGGAAUGUUGCCCAAGAACCGGCUUCGGGAUAAGAGGUUGGCUCGUUUGAAGACCUUUGAGGGUCUGGCUCAUCCCUACAAGGAGAAUAUCGUAAAGUUCGGCAACAAGUCGGUUAUUGGCAAUUUGCCGGAGGUGCAGCAGGCCUUCAAGAAGCCUGAGGCUGAGGCUGAGACCAAGCAGUCUGCGUGA